AUGGAUGAUCUUGUUUAUUGGAAGUUCACUAGGGACGAUAUUUUUUCUACAAAAUCAGCUUAUGCCCUUCAAUGUCAGUCUGACAUUACACUGGGUACAGGUUGUCAACUAUCUCCACCCUGGUGGCGGAAAUUUUGGAGGCUACCUAUUCUGCCUCGUUGGAAAUGUUUUGGUUGGAAGUUGCUGCAAGACGCUCUUCCACUCUCUGCCCUCCUUUCUUCACGAGGUUGUCCAGUUGAUCCGCUUUGUGCUUUUUGCCAUGUUGAGUUGGAGGUGGCGGCACACACUUUCAGAGACUGUCCGUAUGGACGCCCGUUGUGGGAGUCGGGGGUGUUGGGGUUCCCUGGGUGUUUUCACAGUCUUCACCUUUUGGGUUUUGGUUGGCUUAUUCAAUUUCUCAUUACUCUUCGUCUGGCUAUUUGGCAUUCUAGGAACCAGCUGAGGUUUAGGCAAGAAAUCUGGUCACCUAGUACAAUUGAGAGCUUGGCUAAGGAUUGGUAUUAUCGGUGUGUUCAGGCUCAGGAUCUGAAGAACUCUUCGGUUCGUUCUCAUUCGGUUGUUGGUCCGGGUUUGUCGGAUGUCCCAUGGCUUUGCUUGCAAGGGUUACCUAAUAUUUUCCCAACAACUUGUUUGAUUGUGGAUGGGGCUUGGGAUAGUUCUACUUAUAGAACAAGGGCAGGCUGGGUUAUCCGUGACAUUUUCUCGUCGGACGUCCUGCGUGGAGGGAGUCGGGCUUUUAUGACGAGUUCUGCUUUGCAAUCUGAGUUACAAGUCUGUUUAUGGGGGGUUCAGUUUGUGGUGCACAUGUGUUGUCCUUUCUUUUCUCUCAUCUCGAGGGUCUUUAGAUAUUUCUGUUUGGUGGCUCAUUUAAAACUUGCGAUCCGCCAUUCGGUCCCUGUUGGUGUGUUAGAUUUGAAAGUUCCUCGGGCUUGGGUUUUACCAGCUCACUGGUUGGCUGGGUGUGCUCGUCGUUGGCAAUUGUUGUAUUUUCAGUAUUAG